ACAAAAGGAAUGGGGAUUCCCACCACCAUCUGCUCGCAUGUGUCAUAUGUCUCUGUAUAUAAACCAACGGCUCAAACACAACCAAGGGGUGCACCGCCCAUCGGAAGGAGUAUGAGACCGAGGCGGUUCCCUCUGUUUUAUGAAUUUAAUCCAUAACCACCGUCUUUCUGCCCUUUCAUCUUCUCUCUUCCCCAAGUAACAUUUCUCAUACAAAUACUCCUUAUCUUUCUCCUUUCUCUACCAACGCAUUCUCUUAUAUUCUACGUCAACCUUCCUAUGAGCUACAAAUCUAUUUCAACUCAACUUCCUUCCAAAGAUGUAUUCUCCAAAUUUUUCCUCGCCUAUUCUUCCAAUGUUUUUGAAUGUUUGAUUGUUAGGAUUUUCGCCUUAUAGUUUUCUUCAGCGUCAAUUCAGCUGCUGUUUUUCAUUUCCUUCAUGGAGACUAUGGCGGUUGAGCCCUGGGAUGUGAUGUAUCAUACUGCAAAUCACGGUGAUGAAGCAUCUGUAUCGGAUUGCGAAAGCGGCACUACCCAUAAUGAGCACAUUCAUGGGCUGGUGAGAUUGGAUGAAGAUGAAAAACUGCACCGCAUUAUCGAGAAAGCAUUAGUUUCUGGCUUGGGUCCCCUUCGACAGCACACGUCGGUUGUGGACAUCCAUAGAAAUGGGUACGCCAGUGUUAUCUCCCAAGCCCGGUUGCAAUCGUUUAGGAUUUUCGGGCGCGCGGUGGAGAAGAAGUGUGAGGGCAAUGCUAAUGUGAAAUUUGGGUGGUAUUCUGCAUCGAAGGAUGAGAUUGGUAGAAUCAUCUCUCAUGGUUUUAGCCACAGCAAUGGGUUAUAUGGCUGCGGGGUCUAUCUAUAUCCACAUCAUUCUUCCAUUGAAAGUAUGAAAUCGUGUGUUGUUGAUGAGGAUGGUCUAAGACAUCUGUUACUUUGCCGAGUAAUUUUGGGGAAAAUGGAGGUCGUGCAUCCAGGGUCUCAACAGUAUCAUCCGAGUUCUGAAGACUUCGAUUCAGGUGUUGACAAUCUUCCAGCUCCUAAGAAGUAUAUUGUGUGGAGCACCCACAUGAAUACCCAUAUUUUGCCAGAAUAUGUUGUAACCUUCAGAGCUCCUCCUUGCUUGAAAGGAUUCCUCAAUACGCAAGGUUCCUUGAAGAAACCAACUUCCCCUUGGAUGCCUUUUACAACUCUAAUCUCUGUGCUUUCCAAGUUCUUACCUCCUCAAUCCGUUAACUUGAUUGCCAAGCAUCACCGUGAUCAUAGAGAGAAUAAGAUCCCACGACAUGAGCUGAUUCGACUAGUCAGACAAAUAGCGGGGGAUAAGUUGCUCACAGUGGUCAUCAAAUCCCAUAGAGCCAAGCAACUUAAUUCAACUAAUGGUUCUCACCAGAGGAAGGCUCAAAAUGGUGCCAGGAAUAGAAUGGACAGCAUUCAGCAACCAGGCAGUAGCAUUGAAUCAAUUUAUCUCGAAUGAGCUCUAGUGUAAAGUUGCAAGUUGCAAUGGCAAAGCGAGAUGAGAAGGCAGAUGGAACCUUAUCUGUAUGGAACUGACAUAUACCAUGAGCUAACUUGACCACACACCGAUGGGAACAGACGCAACAGAUGCCUGAGGCUUGAGUUUGGUAUGUAGUGUUAGUAGUGUUUUAACAUAGGGAAUCAAUAUUUUUACACAUCUUUAACACCGUUGUCCUUGUAAAAAAAAAGGUUUUCAAAGUAAAUGCUUUCGCUGUUUCAGGAAUAAGAUGUCUCUACUACUAUAUCUAGAGCCAAAUCUUUUUGAAGGUGGAAAUGGCCUGCUGAUUCUAGACAUGCACCAUUCAAAUUCUUUUCUUCUAGACAUUUUCCCGAUGAGUCUAGAAUGUUGGAAGCAGCUAUUUUGUAGUGUUGGUCAUAUUAUCAUACCCAAGCAUUUGCCUUAUGAGCUUCCUCUUCCUUCCUCCACAAGAAAAUGGAUCCGAAGGAGACCUGGGAAAAAAAAAGGGAGAAAAGGCCCCCUAAUUUGGAGAGGAUGGAUUUGUAGUUUUUUUUUUUUUCCCUCUCUUUUCUGCCUUGCAAACAAAGAAAUAUAAACAAUGGCAAGUUGGCAACUACCCAUAGGUGGAGACCCAGUCAAGCCUUGGGAGGAAAGAAAAAGAAAAAACAAAGACGGUUAUGGUGUGGAAAUGGCAUACUAUUUACGCGUUGGCUUUUGGCGGCGUUACCAACUUUGGCAUAGACGGCCGAUCACAAAUUGACUAUGUGGAAUGACCAACUACAUUCGCUUUCCAAUUGUUGUGAUAUUUCCUCCAACUUGGCCCGGUUAUUUUGUACAGCCCAAUUGUGUAAUAAUGGGCUUAGUUUUCAGGGCUCCUGGAUUGUGGACAUUGUAAACUCACGCCACUCACAUGCCUAAUGAUGUUUCAUAGCUGGAA